ACGAAACCCAACACAACAGCUCAGCGGCGUCUCGUCUCGUCGUCAACCUUGGCCGCCCCAUAGAAACCCCGCCGAGGAAAAUCAGGAGUCAGGACGAUCCAAUUCCCCACCAGAAUCCAGAUAGCCACGCCGGAAUCGAACCGCCGGAGAGAGAGAUGGAGCUGUUCGCGCACGCCAAGGCGGUGCGGCUGAAGAGCAGGCACGACAAGUUCCUGUACGCGGACGAGGACGAGCUGCACGUCACGCAGGACCGGAACGGCUCCUCCCCCAACGCGCGGUGGGCGGUCGAGCACGCCGCCCCAGGAUGCGUGCGCCUCAGGAGCCGCUACGGCCGCUACCUGGCCGCCUCCAGCGAGCCCUUCCUGCUCGGAAUGACGGGCCGCAAGGUGCUGCAGGCGGCGGCCCCCGCGCCCGGAGCCGGGGCCAGGCCCGACGCGUCCGUGGAGUGGGAGCCCGUCAGGGACGGGUUCCAGGCGCGGCUCAAGACACGGCAGGGAGGGAACUACCUCCGCGCCAACGGCGGCCUCCCGCCGUGGCGGAACUCCGUCACCCAUGACGUGCCGCACCGCACCGCCACGCAGGACUGGGUGCUCUGGGAUGUCGAGAUCGUGCAGGUGCUCACGCCGGGCCCCGCCGAACACGCCGCGUCCGCGCCGGCUGCCGUCCUCGCGCCCGAGUCCCCGCCCGCGCCCAAGCUCAGGCCGCCGCCCACGCCGCACGAGGCGCACCACCGCCCCACCAAGUCGUACGCAGCCGCGACGCCGCCGCCGGAGUACGCGCCGCCUCCGCCGCCGCCGAAACGAGCUGAGCACGCAGCGCCGCCACCGCCGGCACGGCCGGAUCCCAGGCUCUCCAAGCUCGAGUCCUCCAAUUCUUUCUCCGCCCCAUUGCACAAGGUGGAGGGCCGUGCAAUCCAUUACCUCAUCGCAGAUGAUAAGGGAAACGUAGAUGAUGAUGUUGAGAGACACUCGUUCACAUUUAAUGGCUCCAACUUGGAGGAGCUCACCCACAAGCUACAAGAGGAGACAGGCCUUGAUGAUCUAAUUAUCUGCACACGCAGCCCUAUCAAUGGGAAGCUCACUCCUCUGCUUCUGCAGCUACCACCAAACAAUGCAGCAAUGCAUAUUGUGCUCGUCCGUGAGUCCUCAAAAGUGGCAAAAACAUUUCCUUGGCCCUAUGGCUCAUAAUCUUCGGAGGGGAGACGAUGACUCUUAGUUGAGGGAUGGAAUGAUAGGUCAUAUAUCUGGUCAGUACAUCGUUCUUUGGUUAUACCAAUUAUUCUGGGUAUCAGAAGCAACUAUUUCCUUGUGCUUCCAGCGAGGAUCCCGUUCUUGUGUAUAAAGUCUUUAGAAUUAAGUUAUAUCGGCAGAGAUUGAUCGUGCCAAAGACUGUAGAGAUAUUUAUAGAGUAUAGACUAGUUGGGGGUUGAUACUUGGAAAUAUAUAUUCCCUUGAUUUAUGGAAUCGUUGGAGAGAUAUUAGUACCCAUGAAUAUUCUAGACCGGAAGACUCGUUUUCCAGUUGGAUUCCGCCUGUAUGUAUCAGGUAUAAGUACUCCGAGCAUAUGAAUUGUCUGACUUGACUUUUUCUUGGGAA